AUGCUGCUAAUGGAAGCAGAAAAAGCGGACUUUCCAAUCAUUAGCCUCAACCAGUCCAAAAGUGAAUACUUGUAUUCCAAGUUCCAAAAGAUAGCCCACCUCCUGCCCAACAAUGUAUACGUGACGCCGAAUCGUCGAAACCCGGUGUGGGGAGCGCCAGAAUUGUUGUCGCUCAUGCUUGAUAUAAUGCAGGACCUUCUGACAAACUUCUCUUCAUGGAAAUGGGACUUUUUAAUCAACCUCAGCGAAACGGAUAUGCCCAUUGUGUUUAUUAAGUCCCAAGGGCUUGGCAAGGCCUUCUUUCAGUGUGGCGAUUACGUCUGGCUUCUGGGUGACCGCCAGCCAAUGGACGGCGUCGUACUUCACGGUGGUUCUGAUUGGCUCAUUCUGCCGCGCUAUUUUUGUGCCUACGCAGCCCUACCGGAACAGCAGGACAGUCUGGUCAGAGACCUGGUGGCCUGGUUCGCCAAUGUCAUUUUACCGGUGGAGUCCUUCUUCCACACUCUGGCCUACAACUCUGCCUUCUGUGAGCUGGUGGUGAACAGUAACCUGCGUUUCGUCAACUGGCAACGGCCUAGAGGCUGCAGUUGUCGUCUCAACCAAACGGCUGAUUGGUGCGGAUGUUCACCUUCCGUCUUCUCCGGGCCCCGUGACCUCUAUCGCUUACACAAGGCCCACCUCUUGCAUUCUGCUGAGCCUACGUCCCCGCAGUUACAGAUGUUUGCGAGAAAAUUUGACUCUACUAUCGAUGUUGCUAUGGUGAAUUAUGCUGAAGUGCAUUUACUCGGCCGUGAGCUCCCGGAACCCCCAGCCACUUUGGCAUAA